CACACCUUCGAUACCGUCGGUCGGUCACGCCUUCCUCCAAGGCUCCCAAUUCUGAUCCACGGGAAAGCGUUUAUUACCCGGUCUGUGAUUCCGAAUCUUCAGUCUCGGCUGCGGGUGGGGUGCCAGUGGCCUUCUAUGCUUCCAGGGGCAUUCAAAAAUCUCGUAGAUCCUCGCGGGACGCGCACACGAUCACUUCCAUCGCCCGGAGGCUGGACAAAUCCCUCGAAGCUGUUUCCACAUUUGGAGCGACCGACGAAGAGCGCAGGCGCCCGGACUGUUCGACGAUGGAGACGGAUCAAGCGUUGGACUGACAGUGUCCGAGCCGCCAGCGCGGUCCGCCUGAGAUUUCUGCACCUGGACUGACAUGAUGGUGGGCCGGCUCGUGGAAUAUGGAGCGCUGGACAGACUAGCGUGAUGCUUUUACAGUAGACCCGAUUGAGUCAUCCGCGAGUGGAAACUUGCUACCUUCAAGCCAAUCGAUCAAUUAGUGGAUCAGUCGAAGGAUGACGGAAGCGGGAAGGAAAAUGGAUGCGGGAAGGCUUUGGCAUUUGCUGCUGCUUCUGAUUUUCGCAACCGGUGCUAGUGCAAAUUGGCAUGAUUCUCGCUUCAGGUCUUGUUUGAGUACAUGUGAGACGAUCGGUUGCGUUGGAAAGAGUUGUCUUCCCAGCUGUACUUAUCUCAACGCCACUGCCGCGGGAGAUGAUUCUCAGCAAGACGUUACGUCGCCCCCUCUAUCAAGAAAGUGGCAGACUUGGAUAUGUAAGACUGAGUGUGACUAUCAUUGCACCCUAAGCAAGGAAACGGAGGAAGCCGGGUUCUCGCAGGAGGCCAUUGGUUAUCGCGAUGACUGGUGUCUGGCCCGUUCAGUGGACCAUCACGAAGAGUCCAAGAAAUUGUACUCCCAUCUGCUCAAAACCGGACUUACCCGUGGAUUCACCCUUGCAACUGUUAAUGAACCAGCGUCUGCAGCUUUCUGCGUGUUGAAUAUUCUGGGAAACAUCAUCGGGCUGUUUGCGUUUUUCCAGUCUCGGCAGUACAGUCUUCCAAAACGUCAAAGUGCUUGUGCUCCAUACCCGUACAGCAGUCUCUGGACAGGAUUUGGUCUUCUGUCUAUUUUGUACUGGAUAUCGAGAUGCAUGCUCCAUUCGCGGAAAAUGGCCGUGGACAAACAUUUGGAGUCUUCUUUUGAAAUCUUGUUAUCUAUGUACGCACUUUGCCUAGCAAUCAUGCGAGUUGGCAAAAUGAAAACUGAAGCUUCACGGGUUAUUGUAGCUGCCCCAACGUUAGCUUUUCUUUACACUCAUCUCAUGUACAUAAACUACUGCGUUUACGACUAUGGCCUGAAUAUGCAACUUUGCCUGGGGCUGGCUUUGGUUCAGUAUCAAAUUUGGAUCAGUUGGGUCUCCGUCGUAAAACAUCCGGGAAGAUAUCAGUUGGGUCUGAGUGCCAUCACUGCGUCUCUCGUGGUAUUCCUUAGAUUGAGUGUUAUGAACGCCAAGUGGCCAUUUUUCAACGGUGAGACUGAAGCCUUAUGGAUAGCUUCUACAUUGCCUCUUACAUUUAUCUGGUGGAGUUUUGCCAUUACGGACGCAACUUACCUGACUACUUUAAGAAGUGAUAAGAAAGCUACAACUGAAUCGGAGUCCAAAAAAGAUCUUUGAGCGGACAAAUGACAAAUGUUGAAUUACCAAAUUGAAAACUGCAGAGUUUUUGUAAGUUUUGAAACCAAUUCAUCAGUGGAGUCAUG